AUGUGGGUGGUGUUACGGAAUGUUCCCAGCUCGAUGUUUUCCUGGAAAGGACUGAGUUUUUUUACUAGUCCUCUUGGUGAACCGAAGAAAUUGCAUCAGGAUACGUUGUGGGCAACAAAUUUUGAGGAAGCAAAGGUGUUUGUGGACGUUAACUUACAUAGGAAGCUACCAGAAUCGUUUGAUUUCAAAUCCUCGACAGGUUUGGACACAGUGGUUUACUACGAGUUCCCCUGGAUGCCACCAAGAUAUACUUCUUGUGCUAAAUGGGGUCACUGCGCAGCAGAUUGCAAAGCGGUGCCUGGUGAUAAGAUUAUCUUGAGCAGACAAACAAAAUCUCCAGCUACAAGUCCACAAUCAGAUAUCCGUAGAGAUAAGGAAGCCCCUGUGGAAGUGCCUAUCUCGAUGGAGAUUGAUGUUAGAUCUCGCAAGCAAGCAACCUCUGCUUUAUCGAAGGAGAAAGAUCUGAAAGGGGAUGGAGGAAGUAAGAAACAUACUGAUACCCCAACUUCGUCUGUAAAGAGGGGAGGAGAGGGAGGUCUGAUUGAAAGGGAAGUAAACGUGGGAGAGCUUGAGGGAUCAGGAUCGAGGUUCGCUUCAUUAUUAAAUGAGGAAACGGAUCAUGAUGAGGGGAAGGAGGAGAACAGAGAUAUUGAGAAUGACAAAGACGAAGCUGAGGAAUCUGUUGACAAUGAGCAGCAGACCCAAGGUGAAAUCCAAGAACAGUCUGCAAAUCUGGUAGCGAGUGGCCGAGUCCCUCUUCCGAGAGGCUCAAAAUUGACACACAAAUUUGUAAAGCCUCCCCUAAACCCGAAUCCCACUCAGGCUACGGGAAAGAGAAACAAGGGUCGUCCAACUAAAUCCAAUCAAGACUGUGACUUUUUGUUCGGUGGUAUUCUGGAGACUCGGGUGGUAGAAAGUAAAGCUGAUGGUAUAGUUGCAAAGACAUACCCCUGUUUUAAAGACAAGUCAGAUGAUUACGGUUUUAGUGAAAUUGCAAGGAGUGGAGGAAUUUUAUGUUCUUUUGUGUAUGGCUCUAACUUCUUGGAAGAGAGGAAAAAUUUAUGGAGAAAUCUAAGAGAUUUGGCUACUUCACCGAUCUACUGGAGGAUGAAAUGGAUGAUAAUGGGUGAUUUUAAUGAGAUACUAUCCAGAGAAGAGCACUCGGGGGCUGAUUCUGGCUCGAUUAUAGCGUCAGGAAUGGAGGAUUUUCAAGCAGCUGUUCGCGAUUGCGACUUGAGCGAUAUGGGGUCACAUGGACCUCUGCUUACAUGGUGCAAUAAAAGAUCGGAGGGGUUGAUAUGCAAGAAACUUGAUAGGUUGUUGGCGGUUGUUCAGACCACUUGCGUUUUUAAAGAUGCACUCAGGAAAUACUGGGAUUCAACAAACCCUCUGUUCCAUUCAACUUCGGCAACCUUCCGUUUUUCAAAAAAACUGAAGAUGCUGAAACCAAUAGCGAGAGCUGUUUCUAGGGACUUGCUGAGUGAUAUAUCCCGCAGGCGACAUCAACAAGAAGAAUCUAAGGCUUUUGAUCGAUGGGAGAGGAAUGUGUCUCUGGAGGAGAGGUUCUUAGCUCAAAAGGCAAAGCUUCAUUGGCUGAAGGUUGGUGAUAGAAAUAAUAAGAUAUUUCAUCGAGCUAUAAAAUGCAGAGUGGCACGGAAUGGUGUCCGAGAGCUAGCGCAAGAUGGUGUUUUAAUAACAGAGAGGAAUGAAAUUAAAGAAGCAGCGGUGAAUCAUUUUCAGGGGUUCCUUAACUUCGCUCCAGAUGACAUCUCCGAGACAAAUGUUCAUGAUAUUCAAGAGUUACUUGGAUUCCAGUGUUCAGAGGAGAACUUGUUGAAAGAGGUUACAGCAGAGGAGGUGAAAGGGGUCUUAUUCGCUAUGGCUUCGAAUAAGUCGCCAGGACCUGAUGGCUAUACGGUGGAGUUUUUUAAAGAGAGCUGGGAGAUCAUAGGGGGCGAUUUUGUGGUUGGGAUGCAAUCAUUUUUCAUCAAAGGAUUUCUUCCGAAAGGGGUUAACUCCACCAUUCUGGCACUUAUUCCAAAAUUGAAGCAACUUCUACCAAGAUUCAUUGCUUCCAACCAAUCAGCCUUUGUGCAAGAUCGGCUUCUGAUCGAAAAUCUGCUGCUCGCUUCCGAACUGGUAGCUAGAUAUCAUAAAAGUAUUAUCUCUUCAAGGUGUGCUCUGAAGAUUGAUGUUUCAAAGGCUUUUGACACGGUCAACUGGGAUUUUUUAAUUCGCACAUUGGAAGCUUUGAAUUUGCCACCUGCAGUUAUACAUUGGAUCGACUUGUGCAUAUCAACGGCCUCGUUCUCUGUACAAGUUAAUGGCGAGUUGUGUGGUUAUUUUGGCAGUUCUAGGGGUCCAAGGCAAGGUUGUUCUCUGUCGCCGUAUCUAUUCGUCAUUUGUAUGAAUGUGUUAUCCAAAAUGUUAGAUAAAGCAGCGAUUGAACAGAAAUUUGGAUUUCAUCCUAAGUGCUCUAACAUAAGCUUAACGCAUCUCUGCUUCGCUGAUGAUUUAAUGGUAUUCUCUGAUGGGACAUUGAGAUCGAUUCAGGGAAUCUUUGGGGUUUUUGAUGACUUCUCAAAACGCUGUGGGCUAAGGAUUAGUGUUGAGAAAUCAACAAUUUUUAUCGCUGGUGUAACAGACUCUGUUCGAGAGAGUAUUUCGCAGAACUUUCCUUUUGAGUUUGGAUCUUUACCUGUGAGGUAUCUUGGGUUACCUCUACUCACGAAGCAAAUGAGAUCUCUGGAUUAUAUGCCGCUCAUCGACAGAAUCAAGGGCAACUUCAAUUCUUGGAAUGCUCGAGCUCUGUCAUUUGGUGGAAGAUUACAGCUUCUGUCAUCGGUAGUUGCAAGCACUCUCAAUUUUUGGUUAUCUGCGUUUCGAUUACCAGCGGGAUGUAUUGCUGAAAUCGAACGAAUCUGCUCUGCGUUUUUGUGGUCUGGUCCUGACUUGAAUCUACGGAAAGCGGAGAUUGCCUGGAAGAGUGUAUGCAAACCACGAGAGGAAGGAGGUCUUGGUUUAAAAAGUAUCCAUGAAGCGAACGAGGUUAGUCUUUUAAAACUGGUGUGGCGACUAGUAAUGGCUGACUCUCUUUGGGUGAGAUGGAUAAGGCAUAAUCUAAUGCGCCAUGGCUCAAUUUGGACUACACCAGAACCCACAAGCAAUUCGCCGGGCUCUUGGAUGUGGAAGAAAAUUCUGCAAAUGCGUGAAAGAGCUGCAGAGUUUUUUCGUGUUGAGCUGGGAAUGGGGCAGAUACUUAAAUUACUUGGUGCUAGGGGAAUAGUGGAUAUGGGCAUCAGAGAGGAAGCGACGGUUAGUGAGGUAUUGAGCUCGCACAGGCGUCAACGACAUAGAGUCCAAAGUCUAAACACCAUUGAAGAUGCAAUUUGA